UCCCAUAUUGUUUUAGGGUUUUCGAUGUAGUCUAAAAUUCCUCAACGCUUCUUCGUAGUAAUUUCUGACUUGUAAAAUAUAUCCAUCGGCGGUCUAAUCGUACAAACAUGAAACAACGCUCAGUAGUUGCCUUCUUGGGCCUUUUUGUCUUCGGUUGCGCCGCCCUACUUGCCUCAUUUGUGGACAUAGAAUCUGUUAAAAGUGUUUCCCGGCCGCUGCCGUGGGAUAUGAGAUCAGCAGUGUCACCAGGACCUCUGCAAUACAAACGUGAUACUGCUGGAGUAGAUCUGAGCUCAAAUGAAAGAGAACAAUUAGCAGAAGCAAAGGACCCGUCAGAGGUUAACACACAACACACGGCGCCGAGUGUACACAACAGUCAACAGCAACAACAACAACAACAACAACAACAACAGCAACAGCAACAACACAACAAAACAUGUGCUCCCAAGAAACAUUUCGUCUGGAUCAAAGUUCACAAGGCUGGCUCCCAAACCACCACGCCGCUGUUCGAGAGGUUUGCCUUCAACAACCAUCUCAAGGUGUUAUUCGGUGCACACAGGGGCCCAACCGUCAGCUGGCCACUGCCGCCCAGAGAGGGGGACUAUGUCCAGACCAAGGAUGGCGGACCGUUCGACGCGCUUUAUUCACACAGUCGUUACAACAAGACAUGGCUGGAGGCCCAUUUCCCUACCGACACGGCGUACCUGGCCAUCGUCAAGGAACCCUUCACACACUUCAAAAGCUGCCUCCACUACUACAGCGUACCAAGAAAAGUCAAAAUAAAAUCAAAAAAGGAAAAGAAUCCUGUGAAGGUAUUCCUGCAGGAUCCUUGGAAAUAUAAGACGGAGGCAUUGACUCAGGGAGUACGGUUUGACAAGACCAGAAAUGCUCAGCUCUUUGACUUGGGUUUCCCCAUGGAAAAAUCUGAGGACAUGGAAUGGACGGAGAAAUACAUCACUCAGUUAGACCGGGACUUCUUACUGGUGAUCAUAUUAGAAUAUCACGACGAGUCCCUCGUAUUGUUGAAGAGGUUGAUGUGCUGGACACUGUACGAUAUCAUCCUCGGAUCUGAAAACAGAAACAGCCGACCUUACAGCUACAAGUACUACAAACCCACGCCAGAGGAGGAGGCCACUUACAGAAAAUACGCGGCGGCAGAAUACGCCAUGUACAAACGGUUCAACCAAUCGCUGUGGGAGAAAAUCUCACAACAGAGCCCGGACUUCUUUCAGGAGGUGGAGAAUUACAGGAAGGUCACCAAGCAAGUUCGUGACUUUUGCAAGAGAAAAAAACAGAAGGAAGUAGUCGUCCCAGCUUCAGCGUGGAACCCCAAGUACAAGCUGCCGCGCAGUUUCUGUAAAGUUCUGAGGACGGACGAUCCGAUAUGGAGGAGGAAGUCUUGGCAGCAGCUGAAAUACCCGGCGACUCACAAUGUCAACUUACCGUUUAACGCCAGGACCAACCUGGCCAAGUUUCUGGCUGCGGCCAGAAAGGACUCUGCGGAGAAUAAGGGAUGAUGACUGAUCAAUCACAGAUUAGGAAACUAAUAAUAUAGGUACUAUGCGAGACGUGUAUGCUCACUGAAUAAGAUAGUGUUGAUUUAUAUAAUACAGAUCUGUGGUCAUGUUGAGGGUUGGGAAAGACAUAAUUUUGUAGUACAGUAGACAACGCAAAAUGUUAUAAUUUUUGCAUAGAGGGUGCCUUUGAAAGUUCCGACAAAAUGUGUAACAACCUCAAAAAAACUCUCAUCAAAGAAACUUUAUAUUUCUUUAUAUUUUUAUCAUGAUUACCACGAUAACAGAUUACUACAAGACGGACUUUUCGUUGGUGUAUAAUAAAUGACAUUAAUUUUCGAAUGGUAGGAUAUGAGUCCUAAGAUGUGUUGAUGACUGCCUAGGCUGUCUAUUAUAAGAUAUCUGUUGUUACAUAUCUAUAUCGUCUGUGCUCUAUAAGUGUUUCUUGAAAUGUAUAUUAAAUCAUCUUGCUAUUUCUUCCCAGUC